AUGAAAAGGGCGAUUGCGCAGUACCUAGCUCGACAAAACUCGGCUGGGUUUUUUGUGCCGGCUACUGCCUUGCCCGUCUUCUUCGCCUUCGACCCCUGCACUUCCGAAGCACCCACAGGGGCGGCGUCGCGCCGGAAUCUCAGUCGCGCACUCAGGAUCCCCUUGAUCUCGUGCCCAACUCUUUUUUGCUCACCUCUCCUCCCGCCCCCAAUUGGUUCAGCCGACUGGCUCCCACUCUGCCCUUUCACCUGACCCUUCACGUAUCAUUCAUCCCUCGACAUAUCCGUCUUUUCCUUGGGGCCUCACCAACAUCCUCUCCACUGGUUUAGCCCCUCAUCCUCUCAACUUGAUGGUCGCUGUUUCAGCCCAGAUCGAAGUCAUCCCCUGCAAAGUGUGCGGAGACAAAUCAUCGGGAGUCCAUUAUGGGGUCAUCACCUGUGAAGGUUGCAAGGUUGGCCACUGACCCCCUGACCUAACUCUUUUUUGCAGGGAUUCUUCCGAAGAAGUCAGAAUACUCCCGUCUCUUAUCAGUGCCCUCGACAGAAGAACUGCAUUGUGGAUCGGGUAAACCGAAAUCGAUGUCAAUAUUGUCGGCUUAAGAAAUGCAUGGAACUUGGGAUGUCUCGAGAGGCAGUCAAGUUUGGCCGAAUGUCCAAGAAACAGCGUGAAAAGGUGGAAGAUGAGGUGAGUUGAGACGAUGUUUACUUCACAAAUUAUCUGCAACAACAUGUAUAAUCCAAUGUUUUAGGCCAGGAUGUGUCGAGAACGAGCAGUUUACCAGAAUUCACCGGUCCCCUACCAGUAUGAGUACAAAUACUCUCCCAACCAGAUGUAUGUGUCCUCCCAAACCGUCUCUACCACCCAAUCGAUUCCUACCUAUGACAUGUACCAUCACUCUUCUCCAGGCGGAUAUCCCCCCAGUUCAAGUAUAAACGGGAUCCCCCAACCGAACACCCCCAUGCCCAUGGCCUACGCUCAGCAGCCUCAUCAUGGUCUAGCACCCGCUGAACCCUAUAGAUAUCAAGCAAAUGCCUUACCUGGUUAUCCAGUAGUUCAAAUGGGUCAGCUUCCACCCUCAGAUCCCUACGUUUCUGAAUAUAAGACCGAAUACGAUAUUCCUCACAGCGAAGUUUCAACGACAUUCGACGAAGGGAUGGUUGACAUCAUCGUCUCUGCUUACGACAAUGUUCACACGCAUUAUAGAAACGGCAAUGAUAAUGAUGAGAACAUAUCGGUUAUUGCAAAGCAAGAGAUGUUCAUGAAUCUCGUAAGUUUGACAUUGGGCGAAUAAAAUUUGCGCAAUUCUGAAGUCGUCACAUCUCCGGAAUUUGAUCCGCUGCGGGACUCCGGAAAGUGACGACUCCGAAAUUCAGAGCAAAUGGUUCAUAAAUUUCUGUUUUCACUGGUUUAAAUUCUUGUGUAUUUUGCGGCCUAUACUAUAGGUAUCUCGAAAGAAAAUGUAAAAGAAGUUAUAUUGUAAAUUGUUUUUUUUUUGGAUUACACUUUGUAUAUGCCUCAAAAUAUGCAACAAUUUAAAGUAGGGAGGGGAACAGAAAUUUAUAAGCAUUUGCUCUGAAUUCCUGGGUUUUCACAAUUCCUGAGUUGCGCGGUUGGCCAAAUUCUGCAAAUGUCGUAACAGGAAAUUUACCACAAAAUUCUCUUCAGGAUCGAACAAAGGGAUGGAAAAUGUUUGCUGACGAAAUAACACGAGUCAUCACAUCAGUCAUCGAAUUCGCUAAAUCCAUCCACAAUUUCACUUUAAUAGACCAAAGCACCCAAAUCGAAAUCUUGAAGAAUGUAGCCUUUGAGGUGGCGGUGGUUAUGGCCCCUCAUUUGAUGGAGUUGGACAACAAUGGAACCAUCAUAAUCGGCGAUGUUCGACUCCCUCUCAGUUAUUUUGCUUGCAUCGAUGACAUGGAUUACAACUUUGGAUUGAGUUUAAUCCACCAUCUCCAAGAAUUAGCACUGUUCAACCUGACCAACCAAGAAGUCGCUCUCCUGAGUGCUGCCAUUUUGAUGCAAUCAGCUGAUUGUCAACAUGAAUUUGUGGAAAAGUUGAAGGAGCAUUUGAAACAACACAUCUCGACUCGUGCUGUCAUUGAGGAGAACACUGGCGACAUGUUUGGACGCCUUUGGAAUUUUGUAUCUCAAAUUGGAAAUUUGAAACGACAACACAGUGAAUGCCUCCAUCGCUUUCUGAACCAGAACCAGGCAUUCUACGAGGAGUUGCCACCUCUGUACAAAGAAUUGUUUUGGGGAACUUCGGUCUAG